AUGCAUCCUUCAGAGAUAAAAAAGAAAAUAAAUCGCUUUCGAAUCCUCAUCAUAGGAAGAGCCAAUGCGGGAAAAACAACUAUCCUAAAGAGGGUUUGCAACACCAAUGAGAACCCCCAAAUAUUUAAUAGCGCUGGGAAACAGAUCGAUGCCGCUAUUCUGAACGCAUCUAGAGAGCGCGGAGAGCACGAUAUCGAAAACGAAAUGGUGUUUCAAAAUAACUCGGGAUUCAUCUUUCACGAUUCACGCGGGUUCGAAGCAGGCGGCGAAUCUGAGUAUGACAAGGUGAACACAUUUAUCGCGCGCCGCUUGAAGAAGACAGAUAUCAAGGAUCGAAUUCACGCUAUAUGGUACUGUAUUCCAAUGGAUGAAGAAAGCAGAUCUUUCACCGAAGCCGAACUCAGGUUUUUCUCCCGCUGUGACACCGGAAGCAUCCCAGUGAUCGUGAUAUUCACGAAAUUUGAUGCCCUUUAUGACGACGAAUUCGUACGGCUAACAGAGGAAGGAAAAUCGAGGACAGACGCCAAUGCACUGGCCCCGAAGCGCGCCGAGGAGACGUUUGCAAACGGGACGCAAUUGAAGUUCCUAUACCACUCCAAGGACAUCCGACGGCCGCCAAAAUGUCACGUAUGCCUCCCCGACAUGGACAAGGACGACGCAGACUGUGGGCCACUCAUCAAACAGACGGCUAGAACUCUGGACAGCGAAGUCCUUCAGCAAUUGUUUGUCUCAACUCAACAAACGAACUUGGAGCUCUGCAUGGAAUAUGCAGUAGAACGGUAUUUGCUCAUAAUCUCAUUUGCCUGCUGA